AUGUCUCAAGAAACCGAAAACAAAACCCAAAGCGUUCCUCUAUGGCUACAGAGCCGUGAAGCGGUCAUCGCAGUGACUCCAGAAUCCGUAUGGCGUCAUGGAAAACCCAACUACAACGUCACGAACAAAAGAUUAGCCGAACAGCGUCAAGUGCAUUUCGAGCCAGGCUCUUUGGAAGAGUCCGUUCAAAACCUGGUGCGUGUUUUCGAGAUGGAAGCAACACACAAGGCCAACCCAGCAGACUGGAUCUCUGUGGACCCUGAAGUGUUCCGGAUGACCGUGAACGGCAGCCGUGAGUACACAGUCGAGGACGUGACCGUCAAGGGAGGCUACAAUGUGUUUAUCGGGGACUUGCCCAACUACAAUGCUUCAGAAAGCAAUUACGAGAAGUCCGAGGACGAUUUCCGCAAGGCUAUGCGUUCUGGGUUUCUGUGGGAACUGCUGACGCUGGAGACAGACUUGCCCAAUGCGACUUUGACCUGGAGACACUGGGGCAGCCAGAACGGAGUGUUCAACGGCCACAAGGGCGACGGCUCGCUUUUGGACGUUCCUGGAAAGUCUGUAGCGACCUUGAACUCGGACUUGAAGUUGAUCAGACUCGAGCACACUUUCGAUGCCCAGGGUGUGAUCAAUUCGUUGUCCGGAGUGUGUCCGCUAGGCCAUUGA